AUGAACAAGAGCUACACAAAGAAAAUUUCAUAUUUAAGAAUUAUUUUAACUUACAUCUCUUACAUAAUUGGAAUUGUAAUUGGACACAUAAGAGAUCAAAUAGGAAAGAUUUUUAUGCCAUGUAAAUAUUCUAAAUUCUACCACGUGAAAAAUAUUCCACCCUUCUUCACAACCCUUGAAAGUUUUUAUGUAAGAAGGUUAUAUCAAAGAAUUUCUGAUUGUUGGAAUAGACCUAUAACAGGAAUACCAGAAACAAAAAUUACUGUGUUUGAAAAAAGUUUUACAGCGAUGAAUGAAUCAUGUAAACUUACUGGAAAGAAAUCAAGACUUUUAAACUUUGCUUCUUAUAACUAUUUAAAUUUCUCUAAAGUUAAAGAAAAUGAUUUAAAAGUUCUUAAAGAUGAAGUACUUACUUUAAAUAUUCCACAAUAUCUAGUUAAAAAUCAUCCAAUUACGAAAGAACUUGAAAAAGAAGUAUGUAAUUUUCUCGGAACUGAGGAUUGUAUGGUUAUUCAGAUGGGAUAUGGAACUAAUGCUUUAAAUAUUGGAGAGAUUAUGAAUGGUGCACUUAUUUUUAGUGAUGAAAAUAAUCAUACAUCGUUAAUAAAUGGUAUCGCAAUGGCACAUGGUACUACAAUAAUCUUUAAACAUAAUGAUUUUAAUGAUCUUAAACAUAAAUUGAGAUAUCAUGUAUCAUAA